AUGUUUAGCGCCACUGCCCUAUGGCUCCGCGGCCAGUACAAGACACGUCUCAAGAAGCGCAUGGUCGGUUUCAUCCCAAAAGUGAUUCCACGCAAAAUAAAGAACAAUAUGGUGGCUCUGCGUAGUGAGGCCAAUACCGGGCACAUCGAGGGAUACUUAAAGACGGAGGCGGAAAGGCUUGACGCCACCGGUCGCAAGGUUCAAAAGGUGCUGUGGGAUCCCGUCUUGCAGAGGCACUGUUUGUUCAAGGAGACGAAAAUCCGAGGGCCCUUCAUGACAAAAACGGCCAUCGUCAAGAAGACGGAUUUCCCUAUUGGGGCGGCGGGAGCGGCGGCCACGAAGUAG